AGGAUCGACCUCCCUUUGAACCACAACACGUGUCCCUUCGUCUAAGUUUGCUUACUCAAAUUGAACAUUUUCAGUGAUAUACGAUCCAUGUACGCUUUUGGUAGCGCUAGAUAACCGUUACGCCAUCGACUGAGUCAAUUAAACAACAGCAAAAGUUUAUAUUAAACUUCUUUAUAACAAUUGUCAGCGCUGUAGCUACGUUGUGUAAAAUCACGCCCGAUUGGUCGGAUCAAAUGCAAAGUCGCUUGUGAUUGGCUGAUUGUGUCCUGCUACCCAAAGGUGGACUCCCAGGGAGUUAGGAGCGCUCGAAGCAAGAGGAGGAAAAAAAGGCAACCACGAAACUACACCAUGCGCCUCCCCUGGUUGGGACGCCGUUUACACUCUAAAUAAUUGACAUUAUGUCAACGUCGACCCACACCGGUGCCCGUUUGCUAUGGUUUUAUUCGGGUUCCUCGCAUUUUUUGACUCCCGCCGCCUCAGUUGUUCGCUUGGAACGCCGCCCCGCAACUCCUCAGAUGGAUUAGGUAAUACAGCAAGUAUAAAGUCAUAAAUUGGAAAGCUUGGAAUAUAGAUUCUCCCUUCCAACCAGAAGGUACCUAUGUCCAUGUGGGUGAUCACUGGCUAGAGGAUUUUAAUUCAAGUUGAACGAUGGCGUCACGUUGGACUCAUUCUUGUGACGAUGAUCUCGAGCGACAACAAACAAGAUCGUCGUUCUGUGAGAAUGACUGUCCCGAAUGGAGAGGCUUGGACCCCAGAGAAGAAGAGUCCUUCUCAUGGCCGAGACCCAAAACGGUGCUCUUACGUCGCACUUCUCAAGGAUUUGGCUUCACCCUGCGACAUUUCAUUGUGUACCCGCCAGAGUCGUCUAUGCAUUACUUCCUGGGGGAAGAUGUUGGGCACAGAGGGAGACCACGGAAUAGGCUGGAACCAAUGGACACUAUUUUCGUGAAGCAAGUCAAGGAAGGUGGCCCUGCACAUGGAGCUGGCCUCUGUACAGGUGAUCGUAUUGUAAAGGUGAAUGGUGCAAGUAUCAUUGGGAAAGCAUAUUGUGAGGUUAUAUCUUUGAUCCAAGACAGUGGAGAAUUUCUGGAACUUUGUGUAAUGCCAAAAGAUGAGGACAUAUUACAACUGGCCUACUCGCAGGAUGCCUACCUCCGUGGCCACAGCAGCUACAGUGGAAAUGCCUGUCACAUUCCUGAGCCGCCCCCUGCAUGCUACCCCAGAGUAGACUGUAAGCCUACGGGCAUGGCCCAGGCUACAGACUCUGUGGGCUUGGGCAUCAGGGGCUCAAUGGCAGCUCCUGACCAUGGGUACCGCAAGGAGAUCACUGUGCCCCCAUCCCUUCCACCUAAAUCAUAUCCAAAAAGUCAGAUGGCGGUGUGCGUGCGUAACGACAGCGUGAGGACAGUAGUGAUUCCCCCUGAGCAUAUGGGGCGUGGUAUGGGUCCAGCACACAGAAUAGAUUACGUGGACCCAACAUUAAUGAGGGGGAGGCCUGCAUCAUUAGCCCAGUAUCCUCACCCUCGAAAGACUGACGUCUACCAUAGCGGACCAGGACCAACUUCAUAUCGAGGCCCGAUACAUCACUACCCAGCCGUCCAACCAAAUAUUGAUUGGCGAACUUACCAAACGUAUAGGGAAUACAUUGACAACAAAGGAAUACAUUCUCACAGUAGUCGCACUAUCCAGGACAGGCUUGAUAGCCUGCGAUCUUCCAAUCAAAAUAGUUUUGAAACUCCACAUCACAUUCCCCAGAUGGGCUGGGGCCCAAAGGGGAUACGUCGGAGGAGCACCUCCCAUGAACGUUCUUACCACGGACCACCACUCCACUUCCAAAUUGCCCCACGUAGUGCCUCCCAGGACCGUAUGACCAGUUCCGAGAGAAUCAGCCACGGCAGGAACUGGCCACCAAGAAGUGUGUCUCAAGAUGGCCUUAUCCACAAAGUGCGGUCACACUCCACGGACUAUGUUGACCCAAAAGAGAUUGCUCAGUCUGUUGAGAGGAGAGGUUAUCGAAAGGUGGAUCCUGGUACGAGGCCCAGCAGACAGUCCAUGCCGAGACAGGCUAUGCUAUCCAGGCCUUCUGUUGGAUACAACAGUGGCAAGACUGGGCCACACAAUCCUAUGUACAUGAAAGGACCAGAUUCUCUCCAGACCCACUCCCCAUCUAAUCUCCCUGAACGACAGGCCCAUUUUGCAAAGAGAACAAGUGGUGAUCAAAAAGCUAUAGCUAAAGCCAACCAUAUAGGCCCCACAAGCCAUCAAGGCCACAACAGGGUGAGAGCUGAAAGUGCAAAACCUGUCGAGGUCGAGAGAGAUGUUGCCUCAGUAGGGAAACGAUCCUCAUCAUGCUCUACCCAAAAACAGAUGCCUGAGCGAUCUGGUAUCCUGAAGCCAACCCAUGGAGAGUCUGAAAGCCAGACAACUGGACGUAGCCUUUCUGAGUCCGGGGUCGUGAUGAGGCCUAAACCGCCCACCGGAAAGAACCCCAGCCCCCUCCGCCACCCUUCCUACAUCCUGGCUGUGAAUGAUGAUGAUGGGCAAGAUUCUACCGCAGAGGUAGCAGCUUGUUGGCUUCCCAACGAUGCACGGCGAGAGAUGCAUAUACGUCGCCUUGGAGAACGUCACGCUUCCUGCUCCAGCAAUCUAGACGAGUCGUUGGAUUCUAUUCCGUUCAUUGAUGAGCCUGUAAGCCCCAGCGUUGACAGGGAUGCUGCUCCUAUUCCACCCUCCGCGGUCAUCUCUGUGCCACCUUCAAUAGCUACAGGUCCUUCCAGUCCUGACUCACCGUGUCCUCCCAUUCGUCGACAACUGUCACACGACCAAGAAUCCCUAAGAAGUGCUCUGCUGGAGUCUGAAUCUGCCAGUCAAACUGAACGGUCUAAAUCGUACGAUGAAGGUCUGGACAAUUACCAAGAAGAGGGGAGAGGACGAUCUUCCAGUCGGCAUAUGCCAAGUCUCAGAGGCCUUAAAAAGGCGUUGGAUGGCCAUAAAUCCUCCGGGGACUCGGGAUCUCGGAGAGAUUCUUCUGCAGAUGUUUUUGCUGAUUCUUCUAAGGAAGGGUUGCUCAACUUUAGGCAAUUUUGUACAGACAAAAAUAAGCGUGUUAGUGGGGGGAUGAAGUCAUGGAAGCAGAUGUAUGCAGUUCUUCAAGGUCAUACACUGACCCUUUUCAGGGACAGGAAAGAUGCGCUCUCACAUGUCACCACGCCACCUGACGAGGAGCCUCUACGAAUCAGCAUUAAGGCCUGCCUGAUUGACAUCUCCUAUAGUGACACUCGUCGCAAGAAUGUGCUCCGUCUCACCACCUCAGAUUGCGAGUAUUUGUUCCAGGCUGAAGGGAGAGAAGACAUGUUGACCUGGAUUAGAGUCAUUCAGGAAAACAGUAAUCCAGAUGAAGAGAAUGCUACAGUUACAAGUCAGGAUUUGAUCAGUCGCAAGAUCAAAGAAUACAACCUGAUGAGUGCGCCCAGCAGUAGAUCCGAACCUUCGCCCAAAACUUCCCGCCAGUCUUUGAGCAUCAAACAAGCCUUUUUGGGAGGGAAGACAGACAGUAAAAGCCACAGUCCUCAUUCACCCAAAUCAGAUGAGCGGAGGGCAUUGAGAGAUGAGGCUAGUCCACCUAGGGAUAGAGGCGCAUGGAAAAUUGGCAUUCCAGGGAUUAUUAGAAAGCCAUUUGAAAAGAAGACACCAGCUGGGGUUACGUUCGGCGUGCGGCUGGAUGACUGUCCACCCGCACAGAUCAACAGGUUUGUUCCCCUGAUCGUGGAAGUGUGUUGUACUGUGGUGGAGGACAGAGGCCUGGAGUACACUGGGAUCUACAGAGUUCCUGGAAACAACGCUGCCAUUUCCAACAUGCAGGAGGAACUCAACACGAAAGGCAUUGCUGACAUAGACAUCCAAGAGGAUAAAUGGAGGGAUCUCAAUGUCAUCAGCAGCUUACUCAAGUCUUUUUUCCGAAAAUUACCAGAACCCCUGUUUACAAAUGAGAAGUAUGCUGACUUUAUUGAAGCAAACAGAAUAGAAGACUCUGUUGAGAGACUUAAGGAGCUAAAGAAGCUUAUCCAUGAACUGCCUGAUCACCACUAUGAAACUCUAAAAUUUCUCUGCGCACACCUCAAAAAGGUUUCUGACAACUGUGAGAAAAACAAGAUGGAACCUCGAAACCUGGCAAUUGUGUUUGGGCCAACGCUGGUCCGAACCUCUGAGGACAACAUGACAAAUAUGGUCAAUCACAUGCCAGACCAGUGCAAGAUAGUUGAGAACCUAAUUCAACAAUAUGACUGGUUCUUUACUGAAGAUUGUGAUGAAGAUCCUGUUACCACAGCUGAGCAGGAGAGCACAGUGCAGUCUCAGCCUGUGCCCAACAUCGAUCACCUGCUCUCCAAUAUCGGAAGGACGGCAGCAUCGCCCGGUGAAGUCUCAGAUUCAGCAUGUAGUGACUCCUCCAAAUCAAAGAGCCUCUGGGCGUCCGGGAAGGAUCAGUGUAGCAAAGAGAUGCUACGCUCCUCCUUCUUCGUCAGCCGCAAGCGCAAGAAGCCCAAAGACAAAGCACAGCCCAGCAGUUCAGAUGAUGACCUGGAUGGCUUCCACAGGAAAGAGAACCUGAGAGAGAGGCCACAGCCGCAGGAGCAGCCUCCCUGGUCUUCAGAGAGUCGCACCGAGGAGGAAGAGGAUGGUACCAGCGAAAAAGAACGGCUGAAAAACAGUUCAGAGGAACAGCUCGACAAAGCCGACGUGACUGAAGAGCCUUCCGAACUCACGUCAGCCUCUCAGCGCGCAGGCUCACCGUACGCGUCGUCGUCCCACUCGCCAAGCUUCAACUGCAAUGCGGCUGUGGCACAUCAGUCCUCACUGUCGGAUCCGCCCUCCAACUGUGACGACACAGUGUCCGACCUGGGUACAAUGAACAGCACCAGCUCCCGGGCCUCUGCGCCGAAAACCAGGCGCUGCAGGACAACAGCGCCGGGACAUGACGGCGGCGCCAGCGGGCCAGGAGCAGAAGUGUGCUCCAUUACUUCAGACUACUCCACCACAUCCUCCAUGACCUUCAUGACUGGCGGCGAGGUCAACACGCUGAGUCCAGAAGUGUGCUCUGUGACGGAGAGCAGAGGAGAUGACGACGCUGACGACGAGCGGAGUGAGCUCUUCAGCGAGGGCAGGCCGGUGGAGACUGACAGCGAGAGCGACAUUUCAGUCUUCACCGUGGCAAGAGAUGCGACAACAGGCGAGCGUCGAGAUCCACAGGGGCCUCCCCGACCUUUGGCCUCCCACAGGCUCAUUGAGUGUGAUACACUCUCUAGAAAGAAAGCCGCUAGGCAGAAGACAGACAGCGAGUCCUCGCUGGACGCCUCCCGCAGCGACAAAGAUUCCAACAGACUAUCGCAGCUUUCGGUCAAAGGUCGCUCCACCGGCAGCCUAAGCUCGUCAUCCCGCGGCGAGCUGGAUAAGGCGGAGCCAACGUGGAAGUUGAAGAUCACGGACCGGCUGAAAGUGCGUCUGCGUGUGUCUGUGGAUGACAUGUUUGGCGUGGGAAGCCAUCGGAGUGCCGAAGGACGCAGUAAGAAGAAGAAUAUCCGUCGCAGACAUACUAUGGGCGGGCAGCGGGACUUUGCCGAGCUGUCGGUUCUGGGCGACUGGCCGCAGCAAUCCCUCUGCUCGGGCUCCCGCUCCGAGCUGUCGGCCGUGGACCGCCUGCGACCCAAAUGCAGCUCCCAGGAUUUCUCCAUCGGCGACUGGAUUGCUCGUGAACGCCAUCGCACUAGCAAUCCCGAAGUGAGCCUGGACCUGGCCGAGCAGUUGGGUGCACCUUACGGGGGCGGCGGUCCUCACGGGUUCAGAGCUUCGUCCUCCUCAGAACUCAUGCGUCGCACUUCCGAGGCUUCUAACGGUGACACGCUGCAGCAGGCCAAGAGUCUGAGUUUGUCGGCCACGGCGCAUCCGCACAAACUGACGAGUUCCCAGGUGGUACACUCGCGCUUCUAUCAGUACCUGUGAGUUUAUGUGUGUGUCAGUUUUUUCAUUCAAGUCUGAGUGAUGUUGGUGAAUGAGGCAUGUUCUACACAUAUUGUCAUGUGAAGUGUGUGCGAGGCAAUAGCUGUGUUUACGGCAUGGAACAAAUACGGUUCAUAAUUCUAUUUUUUUAUUAAUAACCGAAGUGUGAACAGACCAGGACUUAACUUCCUCCCCCUUUACGUAAAUACCUGUCACAUUUAAGACUGAAACUACACAGGGACACACAGAUGAAGUUUUAGUCAGAUUGUUUUAAGGAUUAGAUUUGAAGAAUUGAAAAGGUAUAGAUUUGUAGUUUAUGCAGAUUAGCUAUUUUUGUGUAAAGAAGGGUUACAGCACAUGUGAACCAGUAAACAAAUGAAGAAUGUACAGACGUGUUCACUGUAAUGCAGACUAAAAGCUUUAGAUGUUCGUGUUCCUGCUAAAAUGUUCAUAUCUGCUGUGUGUACUUGAAAUACAUUUUUGGUACGACAUGCGCGAUGACUGCCAUUCAGCUCUUUGCUGUUUUUCCAAAGGUACAGUGCUGACCAGAAAGACAAACUCACAGUAUGCACGUGUUAUAUAAUACACUUCUUCAUGGUUCUAGAGAGCAGUGAACAAAAUGGAUUGAAACAAACAAACAAAAAAUGGGAGCAGAAAAUGAAUAAUGAAAUUGCAAAAAAAAAAAAAAAAAAAAAGGAAAAAAAACAAUAGGAAGUGCCUGACAAAUGUUUAGGGUGCCAUAUUGUCUUGUUAUAUUGUACUGUGAAUGACUUCUUUAAUUUUUUUAAAAUCGUUGACUGUCGUUCUACAGGUUCUAGAACAAUGCCGAGCUUCCAUUCCUGAGGCAUUCCACUCUCGUCUUAACUUUUUUUUUUUUUUUUUUUUUUCACUUUUUGUUUUUUCGUUUGAUUUUUUUUUUUUUUUAACAACUUGAAUUAAAAAUAUUUACUGUAAAAUAAGUAACUUAAAUGUAAAUACGGAUGUCAUGUUUUAGCUGCUUCUCAUUUCCAUAGUGCAUUUUGGGAUUCAGAUUCAUUGUGGGAUGAUUUAUAAUGAUGAUGCCUGUGCGUGUGUAUGUGUGGACUGUUUUGGUACGGCGUGCAAAAAAAAAUCCAUGUCAACUACAAACGCUGCGUUCCUCUUGUUUGGGAGAGGAGUGCAUAGACUCCGGAAACACUGGAAAUAAAUUUUGUCAAUGGCAAUGCAAUGUCAGAGUUGUUUUUGUUGAUGUACAGCUGUACCUUAAUGAAUUCCAAUAACAUAAAGCUUGUUUCAGUAGCUCAUCACUUGAAAUAUAAUACUAAAUACAGUAUAAUACACAAUCAAUGCUCAUUUUCUGUUUCAGGGUUCACUAAUUUU